CCCCUGAGCAAAUGAAGGAACCGUUAGCUUAUAUGAGGAAGGCACAGGGAAGCUGGGAGAAGCGAAUUCUGAAGAGCCUGAAUAGCAUGUGCACAGAACUCAGUAUCCCAUUAGCACGGAAGCUAUGCUCUGAAGGUGCCAGCACCAACAUAAAGUUCUAGGUUCAUCUUUCUCCUUUGGUAUUUGACCUGCAUUCAUUAUAGUUAGCUGUACAAAGCAGGGACUAUCAAUGGUAAGUCUUCAACAGAUUGAUAAAAAGUACAAAUUAAGGUUAGUAAACCAAAUCUUGUUUUUCAUGAUGUACAAAGAUUGUGACUCAUUUGGCAUAGAUCAUUGAGAACUGGUAGAUAACCAUGGCAUCCUGUCAUGGCCGAUGAGGGCCAGAGUUAAUUGGGCAACCCAGGAGCAAAAGGCUAGAUAUAAAUUUAUUUAUGGUAUCCCUUUGUUAUUUAUGUUUCAUUGUUUUGUUUUUUUGUAUGCAUUUACAGAGAUUUUAUAUCUAAAUACACUAAAAUAGGCGCAUAUGUGUUAUGGGGAAAAUAAUCUCUUCCUUUCUCCCCUGGAAGUCCUUAUGAGUAGCAGAACUGCUGUGGUUCAUUGUACAAGACAAUAGAGAAGGUUGUGGGGAGGAAUAGGUAUAUUUCUGCAUUAUUCUGUAUGUGCAAACUGAGCUAACACUUCAGAUUCUUUCUACAUGCUGCCAGAACUCUGGUAUUUGGGCGGAGAAGUUCAAAGGAGUGGUCAGUAAAUCCUCAACACAAGGAACUGACAGCCAAAGAACCCUAAGAUACUGCAUAGCUGCAGAGUGCCUGCACAUAGAAUUACUCCAUGGCCAUUGUUGGGGAUUUCAUCUAUGCCUUGGUUGUAGUUGUGGUAGUAGAGAGAAUAAAUCCUCAGGCCAGUGUGAACUUACAAACUGAGAAAUAAAAAGGUCUCUAAUGCAUGUUUGUUUUUCAUUCAAGUUUGACCUGGCAUAUUUCAGAUUUUUGGUUAAUUCAUAUUGCCAUUUUAUGUUCUUAUGACUUACAGCGACCCAUAAGUGAGCAAAAAGAACUUCUUAAUAAAUGGAAUGAAAUGGGAACUGAUGAGCCAGAUCUAAGUCUUUUCCGACCAGUAUACGCACCUAAAGAUUUUCUUGAGGUGCUGAUGAACCUCCGCAAUCCAAAUUAUGAAAAUGGGGAUCAACCUAGUUCUAGAAAUCACCUAGGUCUAAUUCAAGUACCUUUGAAAGUUAAAGAUAUUCCUGAACUGAAAGAAUAUUUUGGUGAACUUGGCUUGAAUACAGGACAGCUGGGCAUUGAUGAUUCUGCACAAGUACCGCCCGAGCUGUUUGAAAAUGAGCAUUUACGUAUUGGGCAAAAAGUUUUAACAGAACAAGACAGUGCUGCAGCUCAACAGUACGUUCGCCAGGGGUGUCCAACAGCACUCAGAGCCGAAUUGUGGGCACUCAUUCUCAAUAUUUCAAAUCAACCUGAGGAUAUUUUGUAUUAUGAGCAGCUUAAGUCAAAUGUGAUUCAGCAUGACCUUUUAGUGGACAGCCUGAUUUACAAGGAUGUAAAGCUGACAGCAAGCAAUGAUGACUACUACUUUGUAUUUGAGGAUUAUCUAUAUCAGGUAUUAUUCUGCUUUUCUCGUGAUACAUCAGUACUGGAGCACUUUACUUACAGCAGUGCUACCCCACCCAAGUCAUACAUACGAGGAAAACUUGGAAUGGAAGAAUAUGCUGUUUUUUACCCACCAAGUGGUGUAAUUCCUUUUCAUGGCUUUUCAAUGUAUGUUGCUCCACUUUGUUUUCUGUACCAUGAACCUUCCAAAUUGUAUCAGAUAUUCCGUGAGAUGUAUGUGCGUUUUUUCUUCAGACUCCAUUCCAUCUCUUCUCAUCCCUCUGGAAUUGUGUCGUUAUGUUUGCUGUUUGAGACCCUUCUUCAAACCCAUCUACCACAACUCUUUUAUCAUCUUCGAGAAAUUGGGGCACAACCACUACGAAUAUCAUUUAAAUGGAUGGUACGAGCAUUUUCUGGUUAUUUAGCAACAGACCAACUCCUGCUUUUAUGGGACAGAAUCCUAGGAUACAACUCACUAGAAAUUCUUGCUGUCCUGGCAGCUGCUGUGUUUGCUUUCCGAGCAGUGAACCUGAUGGAGGUGACAUCACUGGCUGCAGCUGAAGCUGUACUUGCUGACCUUUCGACCCUGAAGGUUAUGCCUCUUCUUCAAAUCUUCCUGUUUGCCACUGUCACUUGAUCUACUUCAAGGCCAGUGACACCACAUACAUCUCCGGUCUUUCACUAGAAACUAAUAAUGAACUAUGCAAUGUCUGCAUAAAACCAAAAUUAACCGUAUGUAUGAAAGUCAUUUUACAGAUCAUGUUUGUCAUACAGAUAAAUCCAAGGUUUCUCAUGGAUAAAACCAUGACUUUGAACUCCUAUCCCGUGCAUACUGCUGAGUUUCAUCACAACAGCAAUAGAUGCAAGUGAUUUGAUGGAGGUGGUUACUUGUUCACAUAAAUAAUACAAACUAGUACGUAAAAUGCAUGUAAUAUCAAAUGGAAAAAUAAAGGUAACAUAAUUAUCAAUCUACUGUGGGUGCUGUGACGGUUCCAUUAAUGCAAGUUCAGAAAAAGUUGUCUUCCUUCUGAAACCCCAUACUAGUAAGGUUGCUAACUCAACAGUGCAGUAAGACUUCAAAAAAGGAAGUUUCACUUCUGAGAACUUUUAUCUCUUUCCUAGAAGAAUAUAACAACAUGCUUCUUAUUAAUUUUUUUUCUGUUUUAUUUUUUUGCACAUAGGAAUUAUCUCCCUUUAAUUUCCCAUUUCCCUCCUUUCUGUUUUGUUUAUCUACAGCUUUUCUGUAUCCAUUACAAAGUAUGAGAGUUUUAAAAGUGCCUCAUUUCCCUUCAACUUUCAGUUUGGUCCUCAACUUUCUUAGGUACCUUUUGAAAGUCCUACCCAUCAGAGGUCCCGUGUUGCAGGAACUGUUCCUCUUGUGAAAAAGUUUGGUCUUGGCUUCGUUUAAGACAGUGGUGGCCAGCCUGUGGCAUGCAUGUGUAGUGGCAUGGGUAGCCCCUGUGUGUGGCACAUGGCAGGCCGGAGAUUGGAUAGGCAGAUUAGGGCAGGGAGAAGAAAGCAGAGUGGCAGAUUUGAGCAGAGGGCAGGAAGUAGGAAACAAUGCAGCUGAUUGGGCAGGGGAAGGGGAUCAGAAUGGCACUUGGGAAAAGUGUGGGGUUUACUUGGGGCUUAGCUGCCAAAAAGGGUAGCUUCCACUGCUUUAAAACUUGGGAGUCUGUCACUCUCUCCUCUCACAUGGUUUCUUUGGGAGCUUUGUGUAGUGCAUUUUCCAGUUUUUCCGCUGUUACUAGUGCAGCAGCUCAAGCUUCAACUCAGGAUCAAAUCCAAACUCAUCCCUGUGUAACCAGGCAUUACAUUUUUUUGUUAAUCUGCCAGAUCUGUUAUUUCUUUUAAUGAUGUCCUCUAAUUUUUCUACAGGUUCUGUAAUUGCAAAGUAAGCCAUUAACAGGAAUUAAGGCAGGGGUGUUAACAUAAAGCCCAACAGCUUGAUACAGCCCGCAGAGUCUCUCUCUCUUUCUCUCUCUCUCUCUGUGUCCUGCUAGGUUGCCAGUGGAUUAUUGGAAGUUGGAGGGCAUGGCUUGCUGCAGAACACCGGGCUGAAGCCUUGUUUUACCUCUGGACCAGUCCACUAGAUCCAUUCUGCAAGGAGCCCCAUGGUCUGGAUCUGGCCGACCCCUCUUUAGGUUAAUGAUAUCUUAAUACAUGCAAAUGAUCACAGUCAAAACUAAGUAAUGUGUAUAACAAUACUGUACAUAAUAUAGCCCUUCCAUUUGCUAUAACUCUUCAUUCAGAGUAAAUAUU